CCUAAUCCCGCAUUAUUUGAACUUCGGGAGACAUGACCAAGUCCAGUGAUGGUAAAAAGGUUUCGAGUCAGUUGAACGAAACUGAGCAGAACUUCUUACGUGCAGCUCGUGCUGGAGAUCUGUCAAAAGUGGUAGAACUUUUGAACGCUGGUGUACACAUCAAUUUAUCCAACUCGAUUGGACUUACGGCACUUCAUUUAGCCUCAAAAGAAGGUUAUGUUCAUGUUGUCGAUGAGCUACUUCGACGUGGAGCAGAUUUCGAUGCUCCUACUAAGAAAGGAAAUACAGCACUUCAUAUCGCAAGUUUAGCUGGUCAUUUCGAAGUUGUCAAGCUACUUUUGGAUGCUGGUGCCAAUAUAAAUCGUCAGUCAGUUAUUGGAUUUACCCCAUUGUAUAUGGCUGCUCAAGAAAAUCAUCUUAAUGUAGUUGAUCUUCUACUUCAACGUGGUGCAAACCAAGCAUUAACUACUGAAGAUGGUUUCACUCCUCUAGCAGUAGCCUUACAACAAGGACAUGAUCGUGUUGUGGCACAUCUUCUGGAAAGAGAUUCACGUAGUCGAGGUGGCAUGCCAGCUCUACAUAUUGCAGCACGAAAAGAUGAUGCAAAUGCUGUGAGUUUGUUAUUGAACAAUGCAGAAGUUAAUGUGAAUCAUCAAUCUCAACCUGGUUUCACUCCACUACAUAUUGCUGCUCAUUAUGGUAACGUGACUGUAGCACGUGUACUUAUUGAACGUGGGGCAGAUGUAAACUUUCAAGCCAAGAAUAAUAUCACACCAUUACAUGUGGCUGCUAAAUGGGGUCGUGGUGGAAUGGUCCAACUACUUUUGAAUUCGAAUGCCUUAGUUGAUUGUCGUACACGUGAUGGUUUAACACCAUUACAUUGUGCUGCUAGAUCUGGUCAUGCAGAAUUAGCUUCACUGUUGAUGGGUGCUGGUGCAAAUCCUUCAGCUAAAACAAGGAAUGGAUUAACUCCAUUGCAUAUGGCAGCACAAGGUAAUAAUGAAGAAGUUGCUCGUGUAUUGAUUCUGCGUGGUGCUAGUGUAGCUGACAGAACAGGAGAUUCUUUGACCCCACUACAUGUGGCUGCUCAUUGUGGUAAUACAGAAGUGGCACGUGUACUCUUAGACAAUGGAUGUGAUGUGAAUGCACGUGCUUUGAAUGGUUUUACUCCAUUGCAUAUUGCUUGUAAGAAACAAAAAAUUCGAGUUAUUGAACUACUUCUUCAGUAUGGUGCACAAAUCAAUAUGACUACUGAAUCUGGCCUAUCUCCAUUACAUGUGGCAGCAUUUAUUGGUGGUCCAGAGAUUGUUCAGUUAUUAAUACAACAUGGUGCACAUGUGAAUCAAGCUACAAUGCGUUGUGAAACAGCAUUACAUUUAGCUGUACGUAAUCGACAAGUUAGUGUUGCUGAAACACUUAUCUAUCAUGGUGCAUCGGUAAAUGCUAAAGCUAGAGAUGAACAAACACCGUUGCAUGUGGCUUGUUUAACUGGGACACCAGAAUUAAUCAAUGUAUUGUUAUCAUGUAAAGCUAAUCCGAAUCUACCAGCUCGUGAUGGUUAUACAGCUUUACAUAUUGCAUCUAAAGAAGGUCGUCAUGAUUUGUUAGGUCAAUUGUUAGAAGCUGGUGCUGAUUUAAACGCUCGUACGAAGAAAGGUUUCACCGCUCUUCAUUUAGCCGCUAAACGUGGUCAAGUCAAAGUAGCUAAACAAUUAAUUCAAGCACAACCGAAAAGUGUUAACGCUAUCGGUCAGAAUGAUUUAACUCCUUUGCAUAUUGCUACACAUUAUAAUCGUUUACCUGUCGUACAAUUAUUAUUGGAUAAUAAUGCACAAGUAGAUUGUCGAGCUGGCAAUGGUUAUACGUCGUUACAUAUGGCAGCUAAACAAAAUCAUUUAGAUAUUGCUACACUUUUAUUGGCUCAUGAAUCUGACCAAAUUCAAAUCGCAAAUUCAUCAUCACGUAGUGGGUUUACACCAUUGCAUUUAGCUGCACAAGAAGGUCAUACUGAUAUGGUUUCAUUACUACUACAACAUGGAGCUGACCCAAAUCAUCAGUCGAAAAAUGGUCUUGCACCACUACAUUUAGCCGCUCAAGAAGAUCACGUGUCAGUGGCACAAAUUUUAAAAUCCGCUGGUGCUAAAGUUAGCCCUCUAACUAGAGCUGGUUACAGUCCGUUACAUACAGCAUGCCAUUUCGGACAAAUUAACAUGGUACGCUACUUAUUAGAUUUACCCGAUGCACCAGAUAUUAAUCAACGAACACAAAUGGGUUUUACUCCGUUACAUUUAGCUGCACAACAAUGUCAUUCACAAGUGGUUCGUUUACUCCUAGAAAUGGGUGCUGACAGUAAUGUUAGAAAUCAGCAAGGUCUGACACCAGCACAUAUAGCACGUAAACAGCAUUAUGUCACAAUAUUUGAUAUUUUAAAAACUGUCACUACAACUGUUGUCAGUUGGGAGGAGGAACAUGAAGAACUUGAUCAAACGCUAAUGUUAGAACAUCCAGAUUUUAUGCGUGAACAUCCAUUUACAGAAUUAGAUGAAGAUGGUGUUGCACCUUCACCAUCAAUUUCACAUCGGUUAUCAUCAUCUAAUAAGAAACUCAAAUCAAAUGAAGAUGAUAAUUAUUAUUCAUCUGAUGUUACUGAACAAAAGAGUCAUACUGGUCUGUUCAAUUCAGCUUUUGAUAGUACAAUAUUAGCUGAAACGGAGAAUGAUGAUAUUUGGGGGCAAUUGGAGUAUAUGCAUUCCACUUUGAGUCCUCAAGGUACACUUUCGGAUCGUAUAACUAGUCAAAAGGGUGAUGAGAAUACAAAUGAAUUUAUCGCUACUCAAACUAGUUCUGUCUUGGAAACUAUCUCCCCAAAAUCUGUGCAAAAUACUGAAGUUCAAAUGUUCGGAGAAAGUGGUCAACCUGAUGGUGAUUGGGAUUUGGAAGUAGACAAUAUGGCGGUUAUUAAGAAGCCAAUUAAUACAGGAUUUUUAGUUUCAUUCAUUGCGGAUGCUCGUGGAGGUCUAAUUCAAGCAAGACGUUAUCCUGAUCUUAGGAUAUUUAUUCCUCCAAAUGUUAUCAAUGGUCCACUUCGUAUUGUUUGUCGCCUAGUUCAUCCUGAUCGCAUGAAUUCACCACCAAUUAUGAAUGAUGGUGAUGGUUUAGCCUGUCGAUUACUUGAAAUCGGACCCGCUGGUAUACGAUUCGCUUCACCUAUUCUCUUUGAAAUACCACAUUAUGCUUUUUUAAAUGGGAAAAAUCGUGAGAUUGUUAUCCUCCGUUCAGAUAAUGGUGAAACAUGGAAAGAGCAUCCAUUGGAUGCUACAGACCAAGCUGUUCAAGACACUUUGAAUGGACAUUUUGAUUACGCUGGAUCAUUUGAAGAAUUACGUGCUAAGUCAAUACAUCGUAUUUUAACAUAUGAUCUACCACAAUAUUUUGCACUUAUUACACGUAUCAAGCAAGAAUUAAUUUUAAUUGGUCCAGAAGGUGGUACAUUAACAUCUACAGUUGUACCAGACGUACAUGUUCGUUUUCCUCAAGGUGCUUUACAAAAACGUAUACGUGUUGGUUUACAAGUACAUCCAGUUGAUCAUGAACUUGUAACAAGAAUGCUUGGUCCACGUGUCUCUGUAUCACCGAUUGUAACAAUUGAACCACGCAGACGUAAAUUUCAUAAACCAAUUACCUUGACUAUACCAUUACCAAAAACAGCUAUGUCAUCCUCUAGCGGUGUUGCUGACACUAAAUCUCGUUCAACUAUCGAUUCACCUAGUCUUCGAUUACUGUGCUCGAUUACGGGUGGGACAUCACCUGCUGUUUGGGAAGAUAUCACUGGCAGUUCUCCGUUAUCUGCGCACGAUCUUUCUGUUUCAUUUACAUCUACAGUGUCUGCAAGAUUGUGGCUCGUAGAUUGUCCUAAUAUUACUGAAGUUGUUGAAUUAGCCAGUCGUGUUUAUCAUGAAUCAUUGGCAGUGCCUUAUAUUGGGCAGUUUAUAGUGUAUGCUCGUAGAUUUCAUCCUGAAGAAGCUCAAUUACGUUGUCUUUGCCUUACUGAUGAUUCGGCAGAGAAAACACUUGAACUACAAGAAGGAUUUCAACUAAUAGCCACUGGACCAUGUAUUGAGGUUCUUGAUGAUCAUCCACAUUGGAUUGAAACAGCUGGUAACUUAGUACCUGUUGCUAAAACUGAAGAACAAUUACAAUUGGGAAUGCAUGCGUUCCGUGAGAAUCGUUUGAAUAUGAUUGUACGUGUGAAAGAUUUAUCACAGCCGGCUGUUGGAAAAUUAGCGUUUAUGCGUCAUCCUCGAGCUGUACUACAAUCUGCUGGGUCACCUGUAAAACCGGCAACAGUUCUAGAGGCUAAAUUACCAGACGAAUUUACUGAUUACAUGACUGAUGGUGUAUUAAAAACAACUGAUAUUGAUGAUAUGCCACCUUAUAUUCCAGAAUAUAAUCAAAAUGGUGGUCAAUACACCACAUACAAUGAAUCGUUGCCGCAAACAUGGUCAAAACAAGAUCAUUACGAUGAGCCAUUAGCUAAAUCUGAGCUUGAUUUACGACAAGUUGCUUAUCAUUUAAAAUCAGAUUGGAGAAUAUUAGCUCAAUGUUUAGGCUUGUCUGAUGAAGAUCAAUAUAAUAUUACCUCUUUGCCUAAUCGUCCUGAAGAAGAAUAUGCGUAUACUAGUUUAUUGUUGUGGCAAGAACGUAGUGGGAAUGAAUUAACUUCGGGUACGCAACUUGCCGAAGCACUACAAGCUAUCGGUCGUAAAGAUAUAUUGGAAUAUUGUAUGACUAACAUUUCGCCUGUAAUAACAGCUGAUGAACGGGUUACUGCUUUACGUUCAUUGAAUGCCGUUUCGCCCAAUUUAAAUAUUAAUCGUGAAAAUCGAUCUCAUUCAAAAGAUGGCAGUGGUGGUUUAAGUGAAUCAGUUGAUACGGGUUAUGGCACACAAACCGGAUCUACUACACUAAUACCAACAACACCAGUGAUUACAAAGACAAUUUCAUCAACAAUUCAUACACUACCCACUUCAAGCAAUGUAGAUAAUUCUAAACAAUCUGAGCAAGAAGUGGAGCAAGAAAUUAUACAACCAGUUACUGUGACCACUGGUCGAAUUUAUUCAGGGUCAUUACCAUAUGUGGGAAAAUCUAUUACUGAUGUUCCCGAAGACAAAUAUGAUGUAUUAAAAGGAGUUGAAAAUAUUCUGGUUGAUAGUCAACAUUCAUCGACUAUAGAAGAUGAUAAAAUAAAUUCCACUUCUACUGGACCUCCAGUCAAUGAAGAAAUAGUUGUCCCUACUCAAAUUAAUCGCACUGUUCAACUAAAUCGUACAGACGAUACGACUAAUAAUAGUAAUAAUAUUCAUAAACAAAUUGAAAAAGAUAGUGAUUUAUCAAACAUUUAUACAGAUGUCUCCAGUGAUGUGGAGUCAGAUUUAUCGCAGGCUACGGAAAAACACAUUUUCAUUAAACAGCACAAACAGUUAUUCAGUGAUUCAUUAUCUCAUCCUAACUGUGAGAAAUCGACUGACGAUUUACAGUCGAUAGUAAGUAAAUCACUCGUUGUUAAAGCAGAUAAUGAACAAGCUCCAGAUGAUCAUCAUUUUGAAUCAUGUGAACAAGAAAUUUGUGCACAUCACUAUCAAAGAUGUGGUGAACUUGAAGCUACAUGGGGUAAAGGUGCAGAUCAAGAUGUUCCACCUUACGAAACUAGUGGAUUUCAUGUAGAUAAAACACAUGAAAAACAAGUUUGUAAAACCGUAUUAGAUGAAUCAAAUGAAGAGGAGAUUUGUGCAUAUCACUAUCAAAGAUGUGGUGAACUUGAAGCUACAUGGGGUAAAGCUGCUGAUAAUAGUACUAACAAAGUAAAAAAUAGUGAAAAACAUGAAGAAAUGUUGUCUAUUGCACCGGGUAUUGUACCAUCUGAGCAGUCAGGGUGCACAUAUCAGUUGUCCGACGAAACCGAAACUACAUCAAGUAAACCUAAACCAGCAAAUACAUUUUCGAUUGAAGAUACAAUGCAGCAACUAUCAUCAUCAUCAUCGUCACAAGAGAAAUUAACAAAAACAAUCAUCAUUUCAAAACACACAAAAUCAGAUAAAGAUGACAAUAUUAUUCAAAAUAAUAUGGAAAAAGUCAUGAAAUCUAAUCAGAAUUAUUAUGAUCACUCAGAUAAACUAAACGAUGACAUUUAUGAAUUUUCUGAUAGAGUAAUUGCAAUACCACAAAUGGAUCCCGUCGAUUCGACAGAAAUACUAUUUGAUGAUACUUAUUAUAAUAAUAUGUUAGGUGAUUUACUACAGGGUCGUUCAACAUUAGAACCAUUGACACCUAUACCGGAAACAUCUGAAUAUUCGACAAGAUCAUCUGUCACUAGUAUAAAUCCAUCGAAAAGUUGGCAAAGUAGUGAUUUAAGUCCUUCGGAUUCGAUUGAAAUUCGUCCUGGUGGUGGUGCUGUCACUAAUGUAUCACGUCGUCUAUUGCAUCCAUUUUCUCAUUCAAAUCGUACAUCACAUGAAUCAUUUAGUGGUCCACAAAAAUCAUUCAAAAAUCCAGCUCUAUCUGUACAUAGUAUAUCAUCGAUUCAUUCUGAACCGGAUCGUAUUCGACGUUCAUAUGAAGCACAUUCUAUGGAAUCUCCAGGUCAGGAUUGUCAUAUGGAUUUGUCUAGUUCAUUACGUACACACAGUAGUCGUUCAUCAUCGUUAGCAGAAUUUUUGCGUUUGGAAACAUCUUGUGAUGGUAGUCGUGGUGAUCUGUGUAUCGAUGUUGAUAAUGAUGAUGAUAAACGACUUUGUGAACAUGAUCAAAAUUUACACGAUCUUAUUCAAAGUAUACAAGAGUUACAAAGACAACAUUUAGAUGAAUCAAUGGGUUUAAUUACACCACCCAGUGGUGAUGAGGAUAGCUCUAAUAGUCGCUUAGCUAUUGGCUCCAAUGAUAUUGAUCGUCAAAUAGGUGAAUCAAUUAGGAAUGCAGAAUUAGAAUCAUCGGUGUCAUUAUUAUCCGCUUCCUCUUUACCACAAGUUAAUACUACAUCUAAAUCAGAGAUGCAACAAUUACUACAACCAAUAUAUAUGAGUAGUUCUAGUUUAAACUCCUCGGCACCACAGCCAUCACCGCCAUCCACAACAACAGCAAAAUUGCCUGUGGGUAUCACCUGUAGAGUUAAUCAGUAUUUCUAAUAAUUAGUCUAUGACUGUUUAUUGAUCAAUCUGUAAAAUGUUUUAACCAUAAACUUUAUGUGUUAGGCUAACAAUGUGCUUGCUAUUUAUGGUUGUUGUAAUGUUUGACCUAUACAUACUAAUAUAUUUAGUAAAUUUUCUCUCUAUUCAUUUUCUUCAUCAUGUGAGUAAAUGACUUGAGGAAUAUUUAUACAAAUAUGGGUGUGGUACAUAGUAUAAAACCAUCCCGUUAACUGUUCAGUGUGUCGUGGAUAUAUAUAUACCAUAUUGUGUCAUUGUUUUCCUUUCUACGUUAUUUAAACCGUUUUCUUUUUUUCGAUUUGAAGUACUUUGUUGAAUAACUAUAGUUAUUACUUGCACUUAUAGUGUUAUAUGAUGGAACAUUUCGUAUUUAGUAGUAAUAACCAUAGCUUUAUUUAUAUUUAGAUAUAAAAAAGGUUUUGUGUGUUUACCUUUUCUGUUUCGAAUGAAUUUUUUUUUCUGAAAGAAAAACACAGCUGAACUUUGAAAUAAAACAAUAUUAUGGAAGGAAAAUAUCGUACAUUUGAAAUUUACUGUUAAAAAGCAAUAAAAACUACGUUUUUAUGUUGAUGAUCCUAUAUCAAAGAAUUUAUUCGUUCAGUUGUUGUGGAAUAGUUUUUAUAUAAAUAUAGUUUUACAGACGUGAACGCAUAUCACAGACUUGGACUAAAGACUGUUAUUUAUAAUCUAAUUUUUCAACAAGCCUUCCUGUGUAUUGUUCUUGUUUGUUUUUCCUGGUUGUGUACUUUCUCUGCUUGUUCAUAAUAAUAAAAAUACAACAAGUAAUUUUUUUUCAAUCCAAUCUUACAGUUAGUCGGCUUUUUUUGUUCUGAGCAUGUUUACUUGGAAGCAUUCUUUGUUUUUUGUCUGUCACCAAGUGGGGAAAAAACCUUGUAGAAAUUGUCACUGAAUUACGUAAUUCUAUGCACUUUCUCUAUUGUUUGUUGUUUUUACGUCACUAAAACAAAACAAAAAAAACCAAAAACUGACUCUGUAUUUUUUUUUUGUAUUAGUUGUAUCAGCUACAAUUGUUUUGUGUUUUUCUUAUUCGUUUGUUUUAUAAUAACGUUUUUCCGCAUGUGUAUUUUAUUUCCUUUCCUGUGUUUAUCUAUUAUUUGCAUGUUGCAAAUUCCUCAAUAACACAUUUGGUAUUAUUGCACAAUUAUUUUUUAAGAAUUUAGCUUUGUGCUUCGUUUAAAAAUUAAUUAACAAUUAUUAUCUUUAUUUACUUCCAGUCUUUAUAAAUUGUUCUGUUCGGUAAUACUACAGUAUAUAUGUGUUUAAUCCCUCUCCCUCUAUGUAUGCUACGCGUUAUCAUCAAUUGCUAUUGUAGUCAUUAAUACUAUCAUAAAUUGUAAUUUUUCCUACCUUCUGUAGUCGUAUGAUCAGGAUGCUUUUCUGUCCUCUUUACAUGAUGGAUUUAACUCCACGGACGUAAUUGUUUGUUUGUAUCGAGUUAAAAGUCUGAAAUUAACUCUUUCCUGGUCGAUAUAAAAAGCAAUAGUUUAUGGUAAUGUUAUUUUUCGAUAGAAUUCACCAUAGCUCGUCUAUGGAAAUGAAAACACUACUUUUCAUGCGUACCAUGAACUAGUGAAUGAGAAGACUGACUAGCACCUUAUUUUAUUCGUUUCCUGGAGUAUACUUGUGUUUUUUAAUAUGUUUUAAAUAAAGUAGUCUAUAUUA